AUGGCUUGAAAACCCAGCUGCCCCUCUUGGAGGUGCAGCCUGUGCCCACGGCCGGCUGUCAGCGCCCUCUACUGGCCAUCAGCGCCCUCUGCUCUCUGGCAGGUUCUACCUCAUCAGUGGAGGCGUCCCCUUCGUCAUCUGUGGGGUCACUGCUGCCACAAACAUCAGGAAUUAUGGGACGGAAGACGAAGACACAGCCUACUGCUGGAUGGCCUGGGAGCCUAGCCUGGGCGCAUUCUACGGCCCCGCUGCCCUCAUCGUCCUGGUCACCUGUGUGUACUUCCUGGGCACCUACAUCCAGCUGAGACGCCACCCGGAGCGCAGGUACGAGCUCAGAGAGCGCUCGGAGGAGCAACAGCGGCUGGCGGUGCCCGAGGGGGGCCACCGCCACGGGGCGCAGCCCUGCACCACGCCCGCCUGUGACCCCCUGGCCGCCUCGCAGCUGCAGAACGAGCACUCCUUCAAGGCCCAGCUGCGGGCGGCGGCCUUCACGCUGUUCCUGUUCAUGGCCACCUGGGCCUUCGGGGCGCUGGCGGUGUCUCAGGGCCACUUCCUGGACAUGGUCUUCAGCUGUCUGUACGGCGCCUUCUGCGUGACCCUGGGGCUCUUCGUGCUCAUCCACCACUGUGCCAAGCGGGAGGACGUGUGGCAGUGCUGGUGGUCCUGCUGCCCCUCCCGUGGGGACGGCCCCCAACAGCCCAGCACGCACCCYGCGCUCGAGGCCAAUGGGGACGUGCUGGGGCACAUGGCCUGCCUGCAGGACUCACCGUGCCCUGGCCAGGCCAGGGGCUUCAGCCACCCAGCACCAGGCCACUGCAAGAUGACCAACCUGCAGGCCGCCCAGGGCCACGCCAGCUGCCUGUCGCCAGCCACCCCCUGCUGUGCCAAGAUGCACUGUGAGCAGCUGAUGGAGGACGAGGCCCACGGUCACCUGCCCGAGGGAGAGGCCUUCCUACACGAGCCCCACCUGCACAGGUGCCUCGAGGGCAGAACUAAGGCCCACUACUUCCACCCUGCCGCCUCGGCCCCACGGGAGUACGCCUACCACAUCCCGUCCAGCCUGGAUGGCAGCCCCCACAGCUCCCGCACAGACAGUCCCCCCAGCUCCCUCGAGGGCCCCAUGGGGGUGCACACGCUGGCUUGCUGCACCCCAGGCGACCCCUUCCCCAUGGUCAGCCAGCCUGAGGGCAGCGACGCCAGCUCUGCCCUCUAUGGCUGCCCACCACGGCUGCCUCCAGGCCCCGCCCACUUGGAGAUGCUGCGCAGGACACAGUCCCUGCCCUUCGGAAGCCCUGGCCAGAACGGGCUGCUCAAGGGUGACCUCCGAGAAGGCCUGCCGUUCGGCACUGAUGGGACAGGCAACAUCCGGACGGGGCCCUGGAAAAACGAAACCACAGUGUAA